AUGCUGCUAGGCCCAGUAGCCCGGCAUCCCAGCAGCUCAGCGGGUGCAGCACGACACCCCACGCCAUUCCCCCGCUCUAUCCACCCUCUCUCAAGCUUUUCCCAGUUACGCGGCCAAGCGUCGGCACAGCGCACACGGCAUGUUGCGCACUCUCCCCCGGCUUCUGCCCAAGCCAGCAUCCUACGCGCGGCCCACGACUCUGCGCGGCAGCACGGGACUCACUCCCCGGUCUCUGCUGCCGCUGCUCCAGCAUCCGAACCAGAGUACAGCCCCACAGCAGCCCCCACGCCCCGUCCUCCCGACACCCUCAGGCUGGUCAAGCACGCUGCACGCGGCACCCGCCGCCUACCCCCGCUCUCUCGCAAGUGCGAUCGGCACCAACGCGCGCGACAGCCAUCCGUUUGCCACCCCGGCUUCUCGGCAGGAACGGGUAAUGCUCAACCGGUGAAAGAAAGCAAGGAGGAGAGGAACAAGCGCCUCGCAUCAGAGAAAAACCGCUGCAUUGCGGCCCGGCACGACUCCCCCGUGUGGCCCCUCGACACGGCGCUCAAGGCCGAGCACCACCCGCUCUGGAUCGCAGCGGAACGCUGGGUCAACAGCACUCAGGCGCCAGACGGCCUGACGAUAAUAACAACCCAUGCGUGCGGCUUUUCGAAGGAAUCCUGGCGGCCCGUCUUUGCCAAGCUCUUCCCCUUGCUCGAGGGUGCGGAGGGAAAGCAGUUUGGCACGGGCGAGCCAUUGGCCGGAGACGCACCGCACAUCAACGAAAUCUGGUUCCUCGAGGAUACGAAUCAUGGUGUUUCUGUCGACCUCAACAAGGGGAGGCUCGGGGACGCGCUCUGCUGGGACGACAGCGCGCGGGAGUUGAUCAACUUUGUCGAAAACGUGCUGCCCGCCGUUGGGGACGAGGCGGACGAGGCGGGGUUCCAGCUCCCCUUUGAACUCGGGGGCAAGUCGGCGCAGCAGGCGGGCAAGACGCCCGCCGAGGGUCUGAAGAGAAAGGUAGUCGGCAUCGGACACAGUUAUGGCGGCAACGCGCUCGCGCAGGCUGCAGCCUCGCGCCCGGACCUGUUCGAAGCCAUCCUCCUCGUGGAGCCCAUGACGGUGCCGUCGCUCGUGAAUGCGGGCGAGUCAGGCUCCCCAUUGACGAUGGGUGCGCUGAAGCGGCGCUCCGAGUGGCCCUCCCUCGCCGAAGCGGGGAAUGUCCGGUCCAACGCGCUCUUCAGUCGUUGGGAAGAAGAGCAGUUCAGUAUCUGGCUGAGCCACUACCUCGUGCCCUCCCCUAGCGGCGGGAUGGAGUUGGCCACGCCGACGUGGGCCGAGGCGCAGACGUUCUCAGAACCCGAUGCGCCCAUGAGGGGGUGGGAGUGUUUGCCCGACCUCAGUAUGCCCGUCGGGUUCCUGAUGGCCGGGGACGAGACUUGGAUGACUGGCGAGGAGGUCGCGCAGGAACUGGUGUGGAGGCCAAAGAGAAGUAGGAAUGAGCGGAUCCUUGACGCGAGUCACCUCGUUAUUCAGGAGAAGCCGGCCGAGACGGCUGCGAGCAUUGGGCGGUUCCUGCGCACGCUUCCCAGUUGGGAUGAGCGGCCGCAGAAGUAG